CCCAAAAUAAGGAAUUCCAAAUUGGUUCUGGUGUUAGGAAAUCCGAAUGAUAAUGGAAGUAGGAAUCAAUUUCGUUCGCAUAUAAAUACACAAGCUCCCACACAAUGGCAGAGCAUCUACGAAAAGCAAAAACUCUGCUAUGCUACUCUGUUAUUAUGAGUGAGCACGGAAAAGUUUCUACUUUUUCAAACAAGAAGAGAAAUCGGGGCAACAACGACGACAACAACAUGAGCAACGGAAAGAAGAGAUCCCCCAACAGACUCGUUGUGGAGGAAUCCUUAGAAGAUGACAAUUCUAUGGUUUCUGUGCACCCCACAACCAUGGAGACCCUCCAGAUGUUCAUCGGCGACACGGUUCUGAUCAAAGGUAAGAAGAAGAGAGAUACCCUCUGCAAUGUUAAUGCCGACGAAUCCUGCGAGGAUUUCAAGGUAAGGAUGAAUAGGGUUGUGAGGUCGAAUUUGAGGGUGAGGCUUGGGGAUGUGGUUUCAGUUCAUAUUUGCCCUAAUAUUAAGUAUGGGAAGAGGGUUCAUAUUCUGCCAUUGGAGGAUACAAUUGAAGGAAUUACUGGGAAUUUGUUUGAUGCUUAUUUAAAGCCUUAUUUUCUUGAUACAUAUCGUCCGGUGAGGAAGGGUGAUUUGUUUCUUGUGAGAGGGGCAAUGCGUGCCGUGGAGUUUAAGGUUAUGCACACUGAUCCUGAUGAGUACUGUGUGGUUAGUACUGAUACUGAGAUAUUUUGUGAAGGGGAGCCUGUGAAGAGGGAAGAUGAGGAGAGUUUGGAUGGUAUUGGUUAUGAUGAUAUUGGUGGUGUUAGGAAGCAAUUGGCUCAGAUUAGAGAGUUGGUGGAGUUGCCUUUAAGGCAUCCACAGCUUUUUAAGGCUAUUGGAAUUAAGCCACCAAAAGGGAUUCUUCUUUAUGGUCCUCCUGGUACUGGGAAGACUUUGAUUGCAAGGGCUAUUGCUAAUGAAACUGGGGCUUUCUUUAUUUGUAUCAAUGGUCCUGAGAUUAUGUCUAAGAUGGCUGGUGAGAGCGAGGGGAAUCUCAGGAAGGCUUUUGAAGAAGCCGAGAAGAAUGCUCCGGCGAUUAUAUUUAUGGACGAGAUUGACUCGAUUGCUCCUAAGCGCGACAAGACUGGUGGGGAGAUAGAAAGGAGGAUUGUUUCGCAGCUCUUGACGCUCAUGGAUGGUAUCAAAUCUCGUGCUCAUGUGAUUGUUAUUGCUGCUACGAAUAGGCCAAAUAGUAUUGAUCCUGCAUUGAGGAGGUUUGGGAGGUUCGAUAGGGAAAUUGAUAUUGGUGUUCCAGAUGAAGUUGGGAGGCUUGAGGUUCUUCGAGUGCAUUCCAAGAAGAUGAAGCUCUCAGAUGAUGUUAACUUGGAGAGAGUAGCAAAAGAUACACAUGGGUAUGUUGGUGCUGAUCUUGCUGCUCUCUGCACUGAAGCUGGAUUACAAUGCAUAAGGGAGAAGAUGGAUGUGAUCGAUCUGGACGAUGACACCAUUGAUGCUGAAAUUCUCAAUUCCAUGGUUGUCACCAAUGAGGACUUCAAGGCUAGUCUUGGAAACAGCAAUCCUUCAGCUCUACGAGAAACAAUUGUGGAAGUACCCAACACAAGCUGGGAAGACAUUGGUGGGCUUGAGCAAGUUAAGAAGGAGGUCCAGGAAACAGUAUCGUAUCCGGUGGAGCACCCAGAGAAAUUUGAGAAGUUUGGAAUGUCACCUUCUCGGGGAGUGCUGUUCUACGGUCCUCCCGGUUGUGGCAAAACUCUUAUGGCCAAGGCUAUUGCAAACGAAUGUCAAGCAAACUUCAUUAGUAUCAAGGGUCCUGAACUGCUCACUAUGUGGUUUGGAGAGAGUGAAUCGAAUGUGAGAGACGUUUUUGACAAGGCACGCCAAUCUUCACCUUGUGUUCUAUUCUUUGAUGAGCUUGACUCCAUUGCCAUUCAGAGGGGAAGUAGUGUUGGAGAUGCUGGUGGUGCUGCUGAUAGAGUCUUGAAUCAACUUUUAACUGAAAUGGACGGUUUGUCAGCAAAGAAAACUGUCUUUGUGAUUGGUGCUACAAACAGGCCUGACAUUCUAGACCCCGCGCUUCUACGUCCAGGUCGUCUUGAUCAACUCAUAUACAUUCCUCUGCCAGACGAGAGGUCACGCGUGCAGAUUUUCAAAUCAUGCCUUAGAAAAUCUCCUGUUUCGAAGAAUGUUGAUCUAUCAGUUAUUGCCAAGCUGACUGAAGGCUUUAGUGGUGCUGACAUAACGGAAAUCUGCCAACGAGCAUGUAAAUAUGCCAUCCGUGAGGAUAUUGAGAAGGACCUGGAGAAGAAGAGGAGUAAGAGUGAGUGUUCCAAAUCAAUGGAGGAAGAUAUCAAUGUUGUGGAGGAUGACGUGGCAGAGAUUAUGGCAUGCCACUUUGAAGAAGCCAUGAAAUAUGCCAGGAGGAGUGUCAGUGAUCUUGAUAUCAUUAAAUACGAGGCCUUUGCUCAAACUUUACAGCAAUCCAGAGAUUUUAGGGAUGAUUCCAAAUUCUCCAACGCGGAAACAGUGCCCAAAGGUUUGAACUACUUUACAUCUUCUGCUGCUGGUGAUGAAGAUGAAGAUGAAGAUGAAGACCAGCUAUAUGACUAGCUGCUUUUGCUCAUCAUUGGUUUAUAUUGCUUUCAGGAAUUCCUAAUUAGUUACUGUUAUUAUACUUGUUUUGCCUUUAAAUUUAGAGUUUGAAUUACACUCAAUUAUUGUUCUUCCAUAAAAUGUUGCAGAAUGCAGCUGUAAUGGAGUUUUAGGAUUUAUUUUUUUCAAUGAAAUUUAUA